GUGAUCAAGGGGGCGGGACUAACACAGUGUGAUAUCGAGCAACUACAGGAACAACAGAAAUUUUGUGCAGAAGAUAAACACCAGUUUUUUUUCGCAAGUGAUCGUAGAAAGAACUGCAUAAAGAGACUCAUAAACUCGGGUACGUGUUUACUAUAGACCAGCAGAAUUCACUCUGAGAAGGAAAUCGCUUCAGUGUGGCAUUGUUUGCAAGUUAAGUAUGGCUACAGAGGGAGACCCAACUGACUUUGUGAAAGUGCUUCACCUUCUGGUCAUUUCCUUCACCUGGGGAAUGCAGGUGUGGGUGUCUUUCAUAGCAGGUUUUGUGCUGAUUUCCCAGGUAUCCAUGCACACAUUCGGUCUUGUGCAAAGCAAGUUAUUCCCAUUUUAUUUCUACUGUCUGCUGGGUGCUGAUGCAGUCAAUCUGGCCAUAUAUGCUGUGUACCACCCUAGAGAACUGCUGGACUGGCAUGAGGGCAUACAGAUGACUCUGUUCUUUGUGGCCGUGAUCAUGGCCGGUCUGAACGCGCAGUGGUUUUGUCCAUCUGCCACAGAGUGCAUGCUGGUCAUGCAGGAGAUCGAGAAGGAACACGGUCUGGGGAAUCAGGUGGGUAUGAGCUCCAAUAAAGAAGGAUACGCCAAACUCCGUGAACAGGACCCAAAAUACAAGGAGCACAGGACCACCUUCUACCGCUACCAUGGUCUGUCCAACCUCUGCAACCUUAUAGGCUUUUUCUCCACUACCAUCAAUCUCAUUUACCUGGCCCUCCAUUUGAGAACUAUAUGAGUGUGUUGUGCGUUUAUGAGAAAGAGUCCAGUCAGUGUAUGUUCUCUUUUCCUGUCGGAAUGUUUUGUAUAACAAUAAUGCUCCUAGUUUUUAUACAACAAGAGUUUUUAUUGUUCUUUAAGGUUAAAAUAACCAAAUUCAGAACCGUUGAAGUGAGCCAAAAGUGAAAAGUUGAUUUUGUAUUCACACUGUCCAUAAAAGUGGACUCGGAUCUCGAUUUAGUCCGUUUUAUUUGUGACCGGGUUUCAGUCCAUUUCAGCCCAAUUUGUCCAUGACUUUCCUUUGAAAUCUUUCUAUAUAAGGAGUAAUUCUUGUGAAUCGCUCUCAGACAAUGUAUAAAACGCAUAUUUUUAUGUCUGGAGUUUAUGUAAACAUAUUUCCAGCCAUAUUAAAUGAUAUUAUUAUGGAUGUUAACAGUAUUUCUCCCUACUUUAAAAUGCUUCAAAGUGGGUAAUUGCAUUGAAUCUUUUGUUUAUAAUAAACAGACUGUCUGUUUAAAUAUGCAUUAGUGAUAAUAUAGCUGUUUGAUUGUUUAAACAAUGUGUUCUAAUUUGUUGAAGUAUAAUUCUUAUCUGCUUUUGCCUUAAUGCUUCACAAUGUGUACAUAUAUUUUCCCACUAGAGGGCUGUUUGUGGAAAGGCUUAUGGAAAUGAGAGGACCAAUUUUAGAAUGCCCAAUCAUAAAAUGCUGUUUACAUUUCCUAUAGAAUGAAUGACACUAAAAUGGCAAUUAAACUCUAUGGAAAAGCAAUGAAUAGUAACUGAACUUUUGAUCAUCUUUGUAAACAUGAUGUUUGAACAGCAAAGUAAACUUCCUUUUAUUACUGGACAUGGAGGAUGGUGCUGUUGAAGAUUGAGUGACAUACAAAUGCAUAUUCAAGCCUUUGCUAUGAAGAUCUGUUGUCACCUUUUUUCCCUUUUAAUUAUAAGAAUGCAAACGUUAUUUGUGUGUGUUUGUGUCCAUUGCAA